GGCAUCUUGAUUUUUUUCCCAUAAUAAUUUAAUAAUACAUCCUUUGUCCCUGUUUCUCUCUCUCAAGUUUCCGUUUUAACACACACACACACACACACACAUGGAGGCAGAGGCAUAGCCCUCCAUUUCUUCUUCGAGGCUGCUCUGUUUCUGCCUUUCCAAGCUACCCUGAUCAGAUUGGAUGAACAAACAGACGCACACAUCUGAGGCGAACCAGUCGUGGGGGUCUCGACAACAUCAAAGAUUCCGAGUUCCCGGCCCAUAAAAUGAUAACAAAAACUGGGGAGGAUUCAUCUGCUCUGUUUCUGCAUCUGCCAUGACAGUCUCAUUUAACAUGGUAAUGGAAAUUGUCCUGUCCCUGGCCCUGCUCUUCGCGGGGAUAGCUGUGCUGGUGGUGAUCCACAUCUACGUGGUCGGAAGGGCAUUCCGGGACAACAGGUACCCGAAUGGCCGAGCCAGAAGCUUUGUCCAGGGAAUUGGUCCGACGCCUCCGAGAAUAUCCAUCGAAGACCUGCAGAAGCUUCCUCAGUUCACUUGCAAGUCGGCCUCGCCCGCAGUCGAAUGCACUGUAUGCUUGGAGAGCUUCCGGCCCGGGGACAGUUGCAGGCUGCUGCCCAACUGCACGCACAGCUUCCACUCCCACUGCAUCGACUCGUGGCUUCUGAAGACUCCCGUAUGCCCAAUCUGCAGGGCCGCCAUUAAUCCUCCGCCUAGCUGCCAAGCUCUCGAGAACGAGGAGGGAGGAGAAGACAGAGCAUCUCCAACAGAUGUUCAUGUCGAGUUGACAUAGGAACUAUAGGAAACUGAGCAAGCAAGAACAGAACUCCAUCCGUUAAAGCUUGCUCCUUUAUGAUUCAGGACAAGAUUCAUAGGACAGGCAGAUGAGAAAACAAGAACAUCAAAGUCUGUAAUUUUUGGAAAUCAGUUUUUCUUUUCUCGUAUGUAA